AUGGCCGCACCAGUCACCCUUCCAUCCAUCCAGGAUCCCCACGGCGCCUAUGGCCAACCCGCCUACGCGAGGUCAUACCCUGGUGAUCCACGAGGUGACCCGCGCGCCGAUCCGCGCGCCAGUAACUACAGCGCCUCCCCGAAUUCCGUGAACGGCUACCCGCCACCGCAACCGGGUGGCCACCCGCCGCAACUGCCACCGUUGCAACCUCCAGGAGACCCAAGAUCUCCCACUUAUCCUCCUCCGCCAGAUGCGAGGGACGAUUACUACAGAAACCGCCAGCCUCAGCAGCAGUAUGGCGACCCUUACUACCAGGACUAUCACAACCGUCAAGGCCCGCCCCCCCCGGGCCGCUACCCGGAUUACCCUCCUCCCGGCCCGGGCGGCCCACGAUAUGACUACCCACCAGGCGCACCACCGAGAUACGACUACGGUCAAGGAGGCCCUCCCAUGCAGCAAGCCGCCCCGAGACAGCGGACCUCCAUUGCUUGCAGAUACUGUAGAAAGAGAAAGAUUCGAUGCAGCGGCUAUCAAAGUGCCCCUGGCGGCAAAUGCGUGAACUGCAGCAGAAUGAAUCAGGAAUGUAUAUUCCAGCCCGUCUCGUCAUCUAGCUCAACUGCGUUCGUACCCGUUUCGGCCAUCCAGGGAGGAGUUCCACCGGGAACGCCGCUCUAUGGAGCUUAUGGGCAGCCUCUCCCCCCAGGCUCGCUGCCUGCGCCACCGCCCCAGGGUUACCCACCUCAGCCUGGCAACGGCGGUUACUACCAACAGCCUCUCCCGUCCCCGACUGGCGGCUACUCGCCAUACGAUGCGCAGCGUGGAAGGCGGCGACCGAGGGACGAUGAAGUGGACGAGCUUCGGCCUCCGCCUCCUGAUCCGAACUCUGCAGAUGAUCCUCGACGUCGUUCACCAGCCUCGAGCUCGAACCACAGCAGUCCGGGAGGUUACAUGGGCUACCCGCAAGGUGGUCACCCCGGAUAUGACCCAAGAGCGCCCCCGGCCAGACAUAGUCCUGGACAGCCGGCGGCGGUACCUCACCCGCAGACGGGAGACGAGCGAGCCGCGGCAGCGACCCAGCGGCAAAGCAAUUCCUCCACCCCGGCAGCAUCUUCAAGCUCGGUAAUGAGCCUGAACAACUUGGUGGAUACGACUCCCAACGACAUCGAUAGGAACAUGCUGGGAAGAUUGAAUCGUCCACCGGUGAGGAAGUAA